GCUGCAGAGACUGUGGGACCAGGAGGUGUGUCUGGUGGGCCUGGAGAAAGCGUCUCUGACACGCGUCCUGUUUCGUUUCCAGAGGAGUCGCGUGCUGGCGAUCGUCGGCCUGUCGGUGUUCUUCAUGUUGGCUCUGUUCUGUGGUUCAGGCGUCCUGGUCCACGAGAUCCUCACCCACGUCCUCAGGCCGGAGUCGUCCUCGGUGGGGGUGGGGCUGGGGCUGUGCUUUGCGAUGCUGGUGGUGGACUUCUUCAGGAGCGGCUGUCUCGCUCUGGUCUGGGCCCUAAACCUGAGGACGGGGAUCAGGCUGAAGACAGGUUUCUGCAUGCUGGGCUUCCACAAGAUCAUUUCUCUGAGGACGCACCGUGGACUCUCUGUGGGACAGAUGGUGAAUGUUUUGACCAGCGACAGUUACCGUGUGUACGAGGCCGUCCUCUUCGGUCCCUUCCUGCUGCCCUUCCCCGUCCUCCUCACCGUCUGUGCUGUCUACUCCUGCUACAUCCUGGACCACACCGUCCUCAUUGGCUUCUUCAUCCUGAUCCUCUUCGUCGUCCUCCAGCUGGUGUCUGCGAGGCUCAUCAAUCACUUCCAGAAAAAGGCGGUGGAGAUCACGGACAGCCGAGUCCGCAUCAUCAAUGAGAUCCUCACCUGCAUCAAACUCAUCAAAAUGUAUGUCUGGGAGAAGUCCUUCUACGACAAGGUCACAG